AUGUCGCGCCUCUCGAGACAGGACUAUCACGGCUACACAGCUCAGGCACAUCCUCGAUGGUCCCCAUCGUCGCCGCCUAUCAAUCGCCUCUCUACCGCGGUCGAUCCGCGCCUCGCUCCCCGUAUGGGUAAUCCAGCUCAGCAGGACGUGCAGCAGCAACCAUCCCAAACACCACAGCUUGCGCCUUCACAGCUUGCACCUCAAAACGCAUCCCUAUCUUCGAAUGCAGACGUGGUACAUGCCAUCAACGCCAUGAGCUCCCAGGUCUCCAGCCAACUCUCCUUGAUGGGGACCCAGCUCGCAUCCCUUGUCUCGCUCACUUCUCGCCUCAUCGAGAUUUCACAGAUCAACCUCACCUCUGCUGACAGCGCUGCACGCAACAUCAAUGCUACCUCCUCUGCGCCUGUUGCGCCCACCGCGUUCGGUGCUCAAGUUGUCAGACCAGAUGCCAGUCCUGCCAACAAUGCUGUCGAUCUCAAUCGUACACGCGUCAACGGCAAUCAGAACACGCCUUCAUUCGCUGCUAAUAACGUCGCACAGGCCUCUGGCAACAUUGCAACUCGCUCCGAUUCUCGACAGGGCCAAGCCUAUCAAAAUGCUCCUUCCAACAACUUUCGCAGCAUCCUCGAUCCUGCAGCAUCGACCCUCGAUAGAACUUUUGGCAGCACACUGAGAGGUUCCUCUCCAACUCCCGCUUCCGCUGUCAACAGCAGCCUCUCUGCAGCUGCCGGUCGGCCUUCACAGCAACUGCAACUGCAGCAACCGCAACAACAGCAACCGCAACAACAGCAAUCGCAACCGCAACCGCAGCAUCAGCAGCAACAACAACAACAGCAACAGCAGCAGCAGCCGCUGCAUCUUCAGUCUCAACCACAGGGUUUCCAGCAAGCGUCUCAGCAACAGCAGUCAAGCCAAGACACCAACGAUAUGCUCCGAAGUCGCCUGCCCAGUCCUGUGUUUCCAGACGAUCCGCUCGACAUUUCGGCUGAAGUUUCCACCUCGGGCCAUCAAACCCCUGCCAACCUCAAGCGUCUCUCUACAUCCGCAGCAGGUGCCAACAAUGAUAGUGCACGUAAAGUUAAUCCAGAAGCAUCGCUGGGUGAAUGGAAAGGCUGGCUCAACCGUACAUGGCAUCCUCCACCCGGUAGUCAGUCGCGCAACGUCAAAUACCGCACCAUGCAACAAGCGCGACGCGCACAUCGCGAACAGACCAAAAGAUCCAUGGCCACGCUCGGGCGUUUGCCUCUCAAAGAGUUCCUAGAGAUCCGACCAGAACAUUAUCUAAACGUUCGCAAAACGGGUCGAAAGUUGUACCAGGAGUGGCUAUUGCAAGAAGUGCGUCUGGCAAAGCAGCCAGAGGAUCGAGUCCAGGCAGCCGUCAAUCGUCUCGAGAACGAUCAUCCCGAAUUGGGCGACUGUGAGGAGCACUGGAAAGCAAGGCAGCUGCUGCAGCAGAUCAUUGACAAUGCAAUCGACGAAGCUAAUUUGCACCGCAAAAAGGAGGCGCGCGGCAGCAACUCUCAUCAGGAGCCAAACGAGAGUACGCCGCGCAGCAUGGACAACACGAGGAGCACGAGCAUGUUGAAUUUAAGCGCAAGCAGCUCAUCGUCGGCCUUGGCAGAUGCGGAUCGGAGUUUACGAAGUGGAGACUCGAGCAUCUCUUCGGCGCGCAAGGCCAACAACGCUGCUACCGCCAACGGUCCUGGUGGAAACAAGAACGCUAAAGCUGGCGUGCAGCGGCGCAAAGCGGAUCAGGCGGAUCUGGACGACACACCGACCCGCUUUCGACAAGCGCCGAGUCAGCGCAAUUCCAUGGCUGGACCCAGCGGUGACGAUCUCACCGGCUCGUCGUUGCAAGCGCAGCAAGCUUCGUUGUCGUCCUCAGGUCUGGAAGCAGUGCAUAGUGGACGUGGAGCUACGCUUGCCGACUACUCGGGCGGCUACAGCAACGAUUCGAGCACCAUCGCAUCUGCCACAUCGUCCGACGCACUGCAAGCGUCUCGGCAGCACGCCUCGCACAGUCAGCAUAUGGCACCGCCACAGCACACCCAGCACCACAACACGCAUCAGCAGGAUCAGACACACAAUGCGUGGGCAAGUCAAACAGCUGCGCCGGGCCCAUCGCUGUUCGGCCAAUCAAACUAUACCACCGCUGCUGCACAGCAGGCGCUAUCACACCACCAAUCGUAUGGACACCACAGCAACCACCAUCACAACUCAAACUACCUUUCGUCAGAUCCGGGACAAACGGGCUUGAGCACUUCGAGUUCCGGAUUGCUCGACGAUCAACGCCACCAAUCGCAUCUCAGUCCGCUACUCAACGGCGGUGGCGUUCGCAUGCAUCAGACGCAUCAGCAACAAGCGCAGCAGCAACAUCACCAACAACCCCCGAGCGCGUUUUUCGAUAAUCGAGGUUACCAGUAA